AUGAGUGCACAACCAUUUCCGAACAAUGCGUAUGAGACUGCUGGAAAUCCCACGGAUAAGUCUAAUUGGGAAGAGUCACAAGCUCAACGCAAUGCCAGUGCAGKCGAAGAAGAUGCAGUGGCACACCGAUCAGCAGGGAAGCCGGUAGGAGACGACCAGGCCACCGUGACAUCUCGGGCUCGUGGCAUCCACGGUGCUCCGCCUGGGGAAGAGACUCGCGGCCAUACACAAGAGAGUCUGGAUAGACAAGAGCUGGAUGCUGCACAGAUGGGUGCUCCGGGCGAAGGCAAGGUCGCAUCGGCGGUGGAUCGCAAGCCAGGUGCUUCGGGCAGCGAGCAAACCUUUGAGACGGAUUUGGACAAGAAAAAGGCCGAGCAAGCUCCAGCACGACAGCAUGAAAAGGAAAAGAAGGAGCAUGAGGUUGAUGUUGGUGGUAUCCUUGGGCAGCGAGGCGGCCCGGCCAAUCCUGUUGAAAAAGAUGGGUAUCCCAAUAAAUGA